AGGAAGUAGCCUGAGGGCUCCCGGAGCCGCGGUAGCUGUGCGAGUUCACCUGUGCUUUGUUGGGGAGGAGUCGGGCAUAGCGUUCUGUCCGCACAGCAGAUACCUCUGGAUUAGCACCGAGGGUGAGAACUAGAUUUUCUGGCUGAGCUGGUUAUUUCUUUGUGGAAAAUCCCAGUAGGCAAAGAUGACAUGGACGUUACGUCAUUAGGAGUUCUACAAAUACUUUAGAUUGCCUGAUGCUGUUGCUGUUAAAACCAAAAUGGCUUUAAAUUCAGGGCCACCAGCAUUUGCACCUUACUAUGAAAACCAUGGUUAUCAACUGGAAAACUAUCCUCCAGGGCACCUUGUGAAUACUAAUGCUUAUGUACCUUACCCAGCUCCAUAUUGCCCUUCAGCGGUGCCGCAGUACAUCCCAAGAGUUCUUACUCAUACUUCAACACCAGCAACAGUCCAUUUACAACCAAAAUCUUCAUCUGGGAUCGUGUUUACUUCAAAGGCUAAGAAAAUCGUAUGUAUUGUCAUUAGCAUGGGAAUAAUACUAAUUGGUGCUGUGAUUGCAACUAUCUUUCUUUGGAAGUUUGUGAAAAAUAGCUGCCCAAAUUCUGGAAUAGAAUGUGGAACUUCAGGAACUUGUAUCAGUCCAACUAAUUGGUGUGAUGGAAUAUCACAUUGUCCCAGUGGUGAAGAUGAGAACCAUUGUGUUCGCCUCUAUGGACCAAAAUUUAUCCUUCAGGUUUACUCAUCCCACAACAAAUCCUGGUAUCCUGUGUGCCAAGAUGAUUGGAAUGAUCACUAUGGAAAGAUAGCAUGUAAAGACAUGGGAUAUAACAUGAAUAGUUUUUUCUCUAGUCGAGGAAUAACAGAUGAUAUUGGUGCCACAAGCUAUAUGAAGUUGAACCUGAGUGCUGGAAAUGUAGAUUUGUAUGAAAAACUCUACAACAGUAAUGUCUGUUUCUCAAAAAUGGUGGUAUCUCUCCGAUGCAUAGAAUGUGGCACAAUGACAAAGGUGAAUCGAUUGAACAGGAUUGUAGGUGGGACAAAUGCUGCUCCAGGGGAAUGGCCAUGGCAAGUCAGCCUUCAUGUCCAAGGUGUCCAUGUCUGUGGUGGUUCUAUCAUUACUCCUGAGUGGAUUGUAACAGCAGCUCAUUGUGUGGAAGAACCUCUUUCCAAUCCCCGGUAUUGGACAGCAUUUGCAGGAAUUUUGAGGCAGUCUGUGAUGUUCUAUGGAAGUGGAUAUAAAGUGCAAAAAAUAAUUUCUCAUCCAAGUUAUGAUUCUGAAACUAAGAACAAUGAUAUUGCUCUAAUGAAGUUGCAAACACCAUUCGUAUUUAAUGAAAAAAUAAGACCAGUGUGUUUGCCUAACCCAGGAAUGAUGUUUGAACCCACUCAGUUAUGCUGGAUAUCAGGAUGGGGUGCAACCUAUGAAAAAGGUAAAACUUCUGACUUCUUGAAAGCCGUUAUGGUACCCAUAAUAGAACCUUGGAAAUGUAAUAGCCGAUACGUCUACAAUAACAUGAUCACUCCUUCCAUGAUUUGUGCUGGAUAUCUCAGAGGGAAAAUUGAUUCUUGUCAGGGUGACAGCGGGGGGCCUUUAGUCACCAAGAAAGAUUCUGUAUGGUGGUUGGUUGGUGAUACAAGCUGGGGAUCUGGAUGUGCCAAGACAAAUAGACCUGGAGUUUAUGGAAACCUGACAGUAUUUACAGACUGGAUUUACCAACAAAUGCAGGCAAACAGGUGAUCUGUAUAUCUUCCACUUUUGAAAAUGAUCAAGUUAACCAAGGGUGGAUUUUCUCUACAUUAUUUAUCAUUAGAACAAUUCACAGGUUCUUUCAUUUUUAUUAAAUAGUAAAUUCAGCUGUCUUUUUUACUCUUCACAGUUCUGUGCAGGCUACAGUAACUUUUUUUCCCCUUGUUUUUCACUGUAAACACAAUGUACCUGAACUUAAGUGUUACUGAUUUGUUUGAAAUGAAUGCCAAAUAUUUCUUGGAGUGUGGAGACUUGUGAAUCAAAUCAGAAUGUUUCAUUAGCUUAUAGUUUAUGUUCAUAAUUGAGAAAGUCAUUGAUUGUUGCACAGUAAUGUUUUCUAAUAAUCUAAGUUUUGUAUAACACACAACAGUGUGUAUUGAACUAAAGAUAGUGAUUAGAACUACUCAGCUGCUAAUUGACUUGAAAUGAAACGUGAUUCAGGGGAGGACAGGUAAGCCUUCCUGGGUGAGAAUAACAUGAGAGUACCCCAGCAGUACAUUCACAUGAAGCCUGAUAGCUUUCUCAGAGGUAUUUGUUAAUUUGUAUUUUUCUUUUUUAGUAGCAUUGUGCUAUGGCUAGAAGUGAAUGACUAACUUAACUAAGGCACCUGGGGGAAAAUCAGGGAUGUGCUAUUUAAAUUAUAGUGUUUUCAUGUAGCUUUCUAUUUAUACCUCUGUGUUUAUAUGAUUUGAGUUUUGAAGCCUUAAACUAUUACAUCAAUAUUUGGCUAUUUGGAGAUAUUAUGUUCAUGAAAUCUGAGAACUGAAUAUCUGAAAUACUCUAGAUUUGACUGAUUUUUGUUGAUAGAAUGUGUGAUAUCAGUGUCUUCUAGAGUUUUCCAAAUAAAUGGCGCUGCUGUAGAUUGGCAAAGAUGAUAAAAAAUAAAAAUGAUAAUUAUUGGAGGGAUACAGGAGAACAGUCAUACUAAAACAAAAUUGAUGUAGCUGUGAACCUUUACAGAUAUUCUGGAAGGUUAUUUAGAAUUAUGUCAUCAAAAUCUCUAAAGUAUACAUAUAGUUGUCCCAGCAAUACCACUGCUAGCUAGGCUUAUACACCAAAGAGGGAAAGGACCUGUAUGUACAAACGCCUUUAUAGCAGUACUUUUUUUUUUAAUAACAAAGAGCUGAAAACUAGCAGUAACCAUCAGAUGGGUAAUGAUUAACAAACUAUGGUAACAAAAUUAUGUAGUAGAAUAUUAUUGUGAUAUAAUAAGUGAGAAAACUGAUUCAGGAAAAUAAAAGGGAGACUUACUUUUGUGGACUAAUGCAUAAUAAGAUGAGCAGAACCAGGAGAAUGAUUUUAUAAAGAGACUAAAAAUUGAGAAGAAAAACUGCUCUGAAAGACUCAUUAAUGUGCUGAUCAGCCAUGACCCCAGAAGACUGAUGAAGAAACUUGCUUUCAUAGUGUUUAUGAGCUAGAGGUUAACAAUGAGACAUACAUCUUCAGAAACGGUGAAUAUGUGUGUUUUUCUUGACCAUGUUAAUUAGUUGAAAAGAAAUGUUUUCAAAAAGAAUUGGGAUGGGGGAUGAUAGUGAUACAAAACAAAAUUAAUGGUAGGAAAAUUGAAGUAUUUUUUGAAGUGGAAGUUCCCAGAGAAAUGUAAGCAAGCAGGACAGCUUUGGUACUACAAACAUACAGAAUGUAUUUUAUAUCUAAAAACCAAGCUGUUUUUAAUGGAGAUUCAUGGUUUCAUGUACGGUCCACUUUUUUUUUUCUGUUCUCUGUAUAUGGAUAUCCUCAUUUCCUGGUGUUUGCCAAGUUCAGAAUAACAAAUAUAUAUAUAUAUAUAUAUAUAUAUAUAUAUAUAUAUAUAUAUAAAUAUUAUAAACGGUGCUAAAUUUGUGAAAGAGGAGAGUUAAUUGUUUUAAACCAAAUUCAUACAGUUAAAUGAAGUCUAAAUGACUAUCUUGUAUAUAAACUUCCUCAUCCUCUGGCCACUUCCUUUCUGGAUACACCAAUUCCAAGGACUUUGAAUGAUACUACUGUGGAACAUGGAAUCAAAAAUCAUUAAUAUAUUAUGUGCAUCUCAUGUUGAUAUUUCCUCUGCCUUUGGUGUUACUCUCAACAGAUGUUCCUUAGGAAUUUCCAAACAGCGUCCAAUAUCACAAGAUAUCAGACAAUUGAGCCCAUUUUCUAAAAGAUCUAUCUGUAACGCACAAUUUUUUUCCUGAUGUUUAGUUUUAUUUAUAUGUAACCAAUAGUUUUAACCUACAUUUUAUAUAAUUUUAAACAGCUGUAAAAUUAAAUUGCAUAUUAUCUUGCAAAUAAAUACUACUUUUUUCCAUCCUAAA